CAGGCAGAGGGGUUUCCUUUUUGCGUUUAGUCGUUGCUCCGCAUGUACAGCUUAUCUGUUAUUCGGAUUUUUCGAAAGACAGUAGGCGGAGAAGCGGGUCGCUGACAGAGCAGCCUGAGAUCGAGCGGGCCUCAGGGAACGAAAGAUGUGAUGAACGGCACAUCGAGGAGGGAGAUGGUGCAGCGCUGAGUGUGGCUUGGAAUCUCCUUUUCCUCCAGAGCAAGAAUGCGUUCAGUCCAAAAGUCCUUGUGUGCACUAUUGGUGCUGACCGCUUCCCUGGCGUUCCUCUAUCUCCAUGUGUGGUCACCAAAACCCUACAGCGUAGUGGACGUGCGCAAUCGGCCUGACCAAAUGCCCAGCCAACUACUGAAAGACCACCUGCCGCUACCAGACAAGAAGUAUGCGCACAUUGCCUUCCGGAUCAAGGAGGAGAUUGUUGAGCUUCUUCCAAAAAACUUUUGCAAAUGCGAGGUGGAAGCUAGCUUGAACCUUCCCUUCCAAAGACAACUCUUUGGCCAGGUCUACUCGCUGGAUUUUGCUACUGCCUUCAACCCUUCCGAAUUGCCAGAUGUCAACAUCAAGCGGGCCCAGGAGUACCGAAGUUACCGGCGGAGGUCCCAUUCCCCAGCCGACCAACUCCUCAUAGUCCGAGCCAACUCUCCGCUGGAGUAUCCAGUCCAGGGAGUGGAAGUACAGCCCCUCCGGACUAUACUCAUCCCAGGUCUGAGCUUACAGGCAGUUGACAGAGCAUUAUACCGGGUCGACCUGUCAGCGACAAUGGGCACCUUCGAUGUGGCUGCCGAAGUGGAAGAGGUCAAGGUGGAAGGGGAAGGGGAAAUGCGCCUUUCUCUGUCAGGACCUCACCUGGACAAUGUUAACCGGCAAAUGCAGUUUAUCACCUACACGAAUACACUUUUCCAUCCCAACACAGCGGACACAGUGCAGUUUUCUACCGAUGGGCACCGGGCAACUUUUAUCAUCCGCAUCCGCCAUGCACCCACCCCCAGGCUCUACCACCCAGGAUCAUCAAGCGGAGGAGCCGGUGAAGCAGAAUACAACGUCAGUGCCCUGGUCACCAUCGCCACCAAGACCUUCUUGCGCUAUGACAAGCUCCGAACGAUGAUUGACAGCGUCCGCAAGUUUUACCCCACGGUGACCAUCAUCAUUGCCGAUGACAGUCAGAACCCGGAGCGCGUGGAAGGGCCGCACAUAGAACAGUACUUCAUGCCCUUUGGCAAGGGCUGGUUCGCUGGGAGGAACCUCGCCAUUUCCCAGGUGACCACCAAAUACGUCCUGUGGGUGGACGACGAUUUCAUCUUCACGCCUCGCACCAAAGUGGAGAAGCUGGUUGACGUCCUUGAGAAGACUAGCCUGGACCUAGUAGGUGGAGCUGUGCGAGAGAUUACUGGCUACACCACCACUUACCGGCAGCAGAUCAGUGUGCAACCUGGCAAUGAAGAUGGGGAUUGCCUGCGAACACGGCAAGGCUACCACCACGUCAUUGAGGGCUUCCCGAGCUGCGUGGUCACCGACGGAGUGAUCAACUUUUUCCUGGCCCGAACAGACAAGGUGCUUCAGGUCGGCUUCGACCCUCGUCUCAGUCGUGUUGCCCACCUCGAGUUCUUCAUUGAUGGCUUGGGUGUGUUGCACGUGGGCUCCUGUUCCAAUGUGGUGGUGGACCACGCCUCCAAGAUCAAGCUGCCGUGGCUAAAGACAGACAGUGAGAAGCAGUAUGCCAAAUUCCGCUACCCCAACUCCAGUGACAACAGCAUGACCACAAAGCACAGCCUCUUCUACUUCAAGAACCAUUUCAAGUGCAUGACGGGCAACUAGGCCUCAGUGCCAGUGUGUUGAGGGUUGCCCUUGACAACUGGCUACGUCCUCAGGCAUUUGGGCCUGCUGAUCUCAGGCAGCCUGCUAUGGCAACUUAGCCGCAGCCUCUUAGGCAAACUGUUGCCUGUCAACUAGCCAACCCCCCUCUACCCCCGAACUCAGGGAGGCCUUGGCAUCCUUAGGCCUUGAGAUUUGGAAAACAGGCAGCCUCUCUCUCCCUACUCCCCAUUUUUUUAAAAAACUUUUUAGCAUGGAGGUGGGGCUACGCCGUGUUGAUUCUCAGGCCUGGCACUGAAGAUGUUAGGGUGCUGCCUUCUCUUGCGUUUAUGGAUCCUAUAUCUGAAACAGAGAACCCUAAAUUGGCAAUGAUACUGGUAAAUUGCCUGGGAAGAUUUUUUCCCCAUGUCCUUUUUAGGAAUUACUUACUUCUCUAAUAAUACCUGAGCUUCCUCCUGCCUGCAACCUCCUGCAAAGCACAGACAAAUACACACACACACAAAACGGCAUCUAGCCCCUGAGAUCCUAACCUCUUGUUUCCAUUUCAUCUAAUUGAGGGGGAUAUGAGCAGGGGGGAGAUCAUACUUGAACUUUUGGGGGAGGUCCUGCAGAGCCACAACUUCCUGUGCCAACAAGUCUUUGGAUCUGUGCCCUUUUCUCCCAAAACUCCUGCCAUGCGGGUUGUCGCCCUGGGAGACUUUAUUUUAUUUUUGAAGUGCCAAAGACUACGGUGAUGGCAAACGAUGGCUGGGCGGGGAGCUUUGGAGAGAGCCUGCUGCCAAGUGACAGUCAAGAGGGGCCAAGAGUGAAGAAGCACACUCCAGAUUCAAGAUAUUUCAGGUUUGCUCUCUCCUGCAGCGAAUACAGCAACGCAGACAAGCGGCAUGCACAUCCAUAGACUAAAGGGGAGUGAACAAGCAGACUCCGGAUUCAGGGUUUGCCGUUCCCUGCAGCAACAACAACAACAACAAAAUGACUUGUCCAUUUAGAGAGGCGGACUCCAAGCCACCGGAGGGACAGGGAUAGACUUUGUUUGUUUUCUAAUUGGGGGGGAUUUUUAUAUACCGAAGCAGACAACUGGCCUGCGAGAGACUGUACUCUUUUUAAUUUAAACGAAAUCCAUUUGCCAAGUCUUUUCCUCUACAUUGAGCCCCUCCCUCUUUUUCCUUCUCGUUCCCCACCUUGCAAGCCCCUGCGUAGCUGCUUUUCCUACAAUGCGUGGGGCUUGUCUGGUGGGGAGAGGAUUAAAAGUGGAGACUGCAGAGAGCCCAGUCACUUUUUUAUACUUCCCCAUCCUUUGCAUAUUCUGAGCUCGCUCACACACACACACCUUUGGGAAAGCAUCUGCAAAAUGGGUCCUACCUGUGUGUGAGGAGGUGGGAGGAGCGUUGCCCCCCCCCGAUUCUUAAAUUGACUGCUCUGCAGUUACCAUUAACAAAUGGACCCCCCUCCCCAAAUUAUUUCUGCAGAUGCCCUUGCGGCGAAACAGGUGGGAAUAUAGAAAUGGAUGUUGACUGGGAUUGAAACUAAGGAGCAAAAUGCAAGCAUGUUUGCUGUGCAGUACAGUGGCUGCUGCCAUUCAUGGGGCAUACCAAUGGGCCAGAGCAAAUUACUCCUUAAACACAAGGGAGAAUGUGUGUUGCAUUCCUGUGUCGUGUGUCCCACGACAGCCAAAUCUUUAACUUUCCCCUUCUGCCUUUCCAAGCCAUUUCUCUUUAUUUUUCAAGGUAACUUCUUAUUCCAUAAAGAGGUUGUCUUCGCUACUGACUUACUAGAUUCACAUUUUUAAAAUAAGAGGCAGUUUACAGCUGGGGCAUCUGAAACAAGAUGUUUGGGUGCAGUUCAGCAAAAGUUAGCCAUUUUUAAGUCCUAAAUGUAUGGAACUUCAGGUACUUGCCACUCUGGGCCUAUUUAUAUAUCCAGCAAAAUCACAAAAUGUGGCUUUGCGUCUUUGCCCGCACCCGUGUUUAAAAAAAAAAGAUUUUCAGCAUGCAAAUUCCCCACAUUCAGCCAAAAUUGGAUUCCAAGGCAGUGUACAACAAUUAAAAUCCAGCACAAAGAUGUAACGAAAGACACUAGAGAUACAUGUGGUGUGCAUGGUUGCCUCCAUAUGGAUGUUUUGCACAGCCUUGGUUUGCAAACUGAAACACUUUUCAAAGCAGCCACAUGUUGUUGCAUUCCAGUUGUUCUUUUUCCAGGGUUUCCCCUCCUUUGCGCCAAAUCCUUCCUGGAAGAUCGCAGUUCAAGCGGGUUCACAUGCUGUGUGGAUGGGAAGGUGCACAUUUUCGAACCCACUGGUGAAAUUUUCAUCAUACGUUUGCAGCCACCAUUUCCCCCUCUGCACCCCUGGACAGCUUUUCGCUGUCUUUAAAAGAAUUUGGUAGCUGUUAUAUCUCUAUUGUAUUGGAAUGGUAUAGAAUUACGGAAACUACUUAUUAUUUUUUUUAAGGCAAAAAGGCUCUGUAGUUGUGCAGGGAUGAGGAAUGGAGGCCGUAAUGGGAUGACCAAGAAAAGCACAGAGGAAACGUCCUUGUGGACGCUUCACUGAUGCCGCCUCUGCAACAGAGAGUGAUCGCCAUGUGGUUGCAGCCUGUGGGUGGAUGUGGCUCUGCAUAAAUGACAUAUCUAUGUGUAGGGAAUGAGUGUGCUUGCUGUAUGUGCACUGACCCUCAUCCCCUUCCUAUGCACGUUCACCCAAAGGCAUACACAGAUUUGUACAUUCAUUGGUUCCAUUCCCAUGGAUAACAGUUGAGCUUGCGUAGGCCCAAUUAGGCAAAUGCAUAUAAAAUGUGGGUCAAGGUCGGCUCUUUGCACUCCCCGCUGCACUCAUUGGCCUUGCACAUAAGAUACGUCCUGUGUAACAGAUUGCUAGCCCUGGCAGUGUACGGCGAAACGGUCAAAGUUCUGGGCUCCUUUCUACCAAGGGAAGGAGACAGAAGCAAAUAGAUACAGAGUUGGGGGGUGGGUGGGCUGAGAGCAAACACACCAAACCACAAAAGUUGUCUUCAUAUUAAUCUACCGAGGAAGGUUCAAUCUAAUCUCUUUUACGUGCAGGCAGGAUAGUUAAUUGUUUAACAAUUAUUUUUAUGGGCAAAGAGAUAAACCUGCAGUUCCCCACCCACAUCCUGGAAGAAACGUCCAGUGCCCAGGGAAGAGACCUGAGCUUUCUCCCACUCCCCCAGCCCCAAUUGCAUGGACUGCUUUUAGGGGGCUGCUGUACUCAUGUUCUGGGAUGAAAAGGUAAAGGUCUUUCAAAUAAAUGAACCUGCGGCACCCCUUUGUCAGACCCUCCCGACAAAAGAGAGGGUAAUUCAUUUCUAGAAUACGCUUUGCUGAUAUUUUAAUCUUCCCAACCCCACCCUACAGAAGCAAAUUUAUUUCUUUAGAAAAUCAAUGCUCUUGCCCUUCUCCUUCAAAAGCACUCAGGGCAAGUUACAAAGGGUGUGCGCGCGCACGCUACUGAUUGUGCUACUGGUGCAAAGUUAGGUCGGAGUCACUGGACAAAUGUGUAGGAGGGCAAUCUAAACGGCCAGCAAAAAAACUCCCCAGCAAGAGAACUUUUCCUCUCUUCCUUUCUCCCAAAGACCUCUGCUGCGUUGCUUGCUACCCAACCCACGGGAAGAGGGAAGGGCAGCCGGAUAUGCCUGGUGGGCAACGGGAAAGCAAAUCCCUCAAGGAUGGAGCAAAGGGGAAUCUUCCUUCCCCAGGUAGAGCAGGGCAUCUUUGAGUCCCUCUCUCUAAAGCAUUGCCUUGGAGGCUUUGUGGUUUAAUAGCAAUAUGUAUGCUUGCCCUCAGAUAAGAGAAUCUUUUCUCACAUCCUCCUUUCACGGGAAGGGAAGGGGAGGGGGGUGUCCUGUGCUCCAUCUACAACAGGAACCUGACUGAAAUGGGCUAAAUCCCAUGCCGUGCUUUCCAGGCCCUCCUCCGACACUGUCUUGAGCCCUCCCCUGGUCCCCUUCCUUGAUCUUGCUGGCUAAAUCCUUGACUGCCCCCUUCCACUUGGCCACAGGGACUUCGCCUGCGAUUACUUCGAAGAGAGUUUUCUGUAAACUUUGGGGGAAAUAAUAAAGGGUGUGUGGCGUUUCUUUUUUAAAAUAUUUGUUUCUCCAUUGUGUAUUUAAAGCCUUUUGUUAAAGAUCCCAAAUCGGAGGUGAAAACUCACCAGAAAGGUGAUUCUGGGUCAAAAGAUAGGUAGGAAGAUGAGAAGGAGGCAGGGGGGGAAACGGCGUUCUGAAGUCAAUGUGAUUUUUUAAUUAAAAAAAACUCACUAAAACUGCCGCCUUUUUAACUGGA